UUAAUCUCUUUGGAAAAAAUAAAGGCAGUGUCUUCCACGAGUAAGGGCCCCGCCCAGUGACUUCAGAGGUAGUACUUCCGGCGACGCGGAAGUGACCCAUUGUUCCUCCCUGUUCCAUCUCUCUUUCCGGUGGCGGAUUCUGGAGGCGACGCGGAGAAAUGGCACCUCGCAAGGGAAAGGAAAAGAAGGAAGAACAGGUCAUCAGCCUUGGGCCUCAGGUGGCUGAAGGAGAGAAUGUGUUUGGCGUCUGCCACAUUUUUGCGUCCUUUAAUGACACAUUUGUCCAUGUCACUGAUCUCUCUGGCAAGGAAACCAUCUGCCGAGUGACUGGUGGGAUGAAGGUGAAGGCUGACCGAGAUGAGUCCUCGCCAUAUGCUGCCAUGUUAGCCGCCCAAGAUGUGGCCCAGAGGUGCAAGGAGCUGGGCAUCACUGCCUUACACAUCAAACUCCGGGCCACAGGAGGAAAUAGGACCAAGACCCCUGGACCUGGGGCCCAGUCAGCCCUCAGAGCCCUUGCACGUUCAGGAAUGAAGAUCGGACGAAUUGAGGAUGUCACCCCCAUCCCCUCCGACAGCACCCGCAGGAAGGGAGGUCGCCGUGGUCGCCGUCUGUGAACAGGACUCCACAAAUUCUUUUCUGUUAAUAAAUUACCUUCACAUAAA